GCUUUUCGUCGAGUUCCCCUCUCCCUCCGUUGCCGAUCGGGGAAGAAGAUGGGGCGCGCCUCCCUUGCGCUCCCGGUCGCGCUGCUCGUCAUCCUCUCUGCCAUCGCUGCGCCGCAGCUAGCUGGAGCUGCCAAGGGAGACGGUUCUCUUAAGAUAUCGCAGAAAGACAUCAUUCAGACGAUCAACGAGCAUCCCAAUGCCGGGUGGACUGCUGGACACAACCCCUACUUCGCGGAUUAUACUAUUGAGCAGUUUAAGCAUAUCCUGGGGGUGAAGCCCACGCCUCCAGCUUUACUAGCUGGUGUUCCAACCAAAACUCAUUCAAAAUCAAUAGAUCUCCCAACGGAGUUUGACGCUAGAUCUCAAUGGCCUGGUUGCAGCACAAUUGGGAACAUACUUGAUCAAGGUCACUGUGGUUCUUGUUGGGCCUUUGGUGCUGUGGAAUGUCUCCAGGAUCGUUUCUGCAUUCAUCUCAACGUGAACAUCUCACUUUCAGUCAAUGACCUGGUGUCUUGCUGUGGUUUUCUGUGUGGUCAAGGCUGUAAUGGAGGAUACCCUAUCAGUGCAUGGCGGUACUUCCGUCGGAGUGGUGUUGUGACUGACGAGUGCGAUCCAUAUUUUGAUCAAGAUGGUUGCCAGCAUCCCGGAUGUGAACCUGCUUAUAGUACACCAAAAUGUGAAAAGAAAUGCAAGGUGCAGAACCAAGUGUGGAAGCAAGAGAAGCAUUUCAGUGUUAAUGCAUACAAAGUAAAAUCUAAUCCACAUGACAUCAUGGCGGAGGUCUACACAAAUGGCCCUGUAGAAGUUGCUUUCACAGUUUAUGAGGACUUUGCACACUACAAAUCAGGAGUAUACAAGCACAUCACAGGUGGCGUGAUGGGAGGUCAUGCCGUCAAGUUGAUUGGAUGGGGAACCAGUGAUGCUGGCGAGGAUUACUGGCUUCUUGCAAAUCAGUGGAACAGAGGCUGGGGUGAUGACGGGUACUUCAAGAUCAUAAGGGGUACAAAUGAAUGUGGCAUUGAAGGAGGAGUCGUUGCUGGUAUGCCCUCGACAAAGAACAUGGAUAUAACCUACGACGGCGGCUCUGGAACGGCUACACUUUGAACAGCGCCCUGGUCU